AGUACUAGACAACCUGGAUUUAAUUCAGUACAACACUGUACAUAACUUUGCUUAUAUACUGCUAAUAUAUUGACUGACUAAAAUGAGUAAGAUGAAGCGAGGUAAUACUUGCAAGAACAUCCCCUGCUCGGAUAAUAUUAAUAUAAAUUUAGCUGACUCGAUAUAAAAUUUUUGGUUUAUUUUGAAUUCAACAAAAUGGAUGCAGGCACAAAAGUUAAUGACGACGAAGAGUUCUUGAAUAUUGAUAAAUCCGAAUUAAUGCCAUACAAACAUCAAUUGACAUGUGUUAAAAAAUUCAUGGAAAAUCAAAAUAGGCCUACAAGUGAGACAGUUAUAAAUAAACUGGGUAAUGAUGUGACUGCUGUUGGAUCAGUUGCAACAGCUAUUUAUUGUUUUUUAAGAGCAAAAUAUCCCAUUGAUGAUAUUCAUACAGAUAAUCCAAUGAGACGAGCUAUUCAAUAUGCGAUAACACUUGGUGGUGAUACUGAUACAAUUGCCAGUAUGGCUGGUGCAAUUGCUGGUGCUUUUUAUGGUGAUGAUAAAAUGAGUCAAGAAUUAUUAAGGCAUUGUGAGGCAUCAGCUGAAUUUGAUAAACUUGCUGUUGAUUUGUUUGACAUUACCAUCAAAGAAUAAUAAUAAAUUAUUAUAUUUUUUAAAUUAUUGUUGUGUAUGGUGUUUUGUUAAUUAUUUUACGUGUA